CACACACACCUCCCAUUUAUCAAUAAAUAAAGCAGAGUGAGAGAACAAACAACGAAGCCAUCCAAGAGCUCGAGAAAACAGGGAUGAAUCCUCACUUUGUUUUGGUUCAUGGGGCAGGCCAUGGCGCCUGGUGCUGGUUCAAGCUCCUCAACCUCCUUCACUCCGCCGGCCACCACGCCACCGCCCUCGACCUCACUGGCGCCGGCGUCGAUCCCACAAAGUUGGAGGAAGUGACCUCUAUCCACCAUCACGCUCACCCGUUGAUGAACUUCAUUGAAGCUCUCCCUCAACAACAAAAAGUGAUUCUUGUCGGCCAUAGCUUCGGCGGUCUUAUAAUCUCUUUGGCCAUGGAGGCUUUCCCACAUCGGAUUCUUGUCGCUGUUUUUGUCACUGCUUAUAUGCCCCACUUCCUUUCUCCUCCAGCAACUUUAGUACAAAGAUUCUUCAACACCCUCUCUCCAGAGAAUUUGUUGGAUUGCCAAUUUUUAUUCGGCGACGACCCAGAAAUGCCAAAUUCUGUUGUUUUUGGCCACAACUUCACGACACAAAAACUAUAUGCCGACUGCUCCAACCAGGAUUUGGAGUUGGGGAAACUGUUGAUGAGGCCAUUCAAGAUGUUCUUUGAGGAUUUGAAAAGGGAAUCCAUUCUAACCGAAGCGAAAUUCGGGUCGGUGGAUCGGGUUUUCGUGGUGUGCGAAGGAGAUGAAGUAAUGAACAGCGAAUUCCAGAGGUUGAUGAUACAAGAAUUCCCACCAAAAGCUGUGAAAUGCAUCAAUGGAGGAGGCCAUAUGGUAAUGCUUUCAAAACCCACACAGCUUUUUCAACAUUUGAUUCAAAUUGGUGAGAGUUUCAACUCAACAAAUGAAUGUGACCAUCAAACCUUCAUCAGCCCUCAAUUAAAUUAAUACCCCCAUCAGCUUAAAUAAAGAUGGCCUGCAAGUUUUAAUUUCUCAAAAAUAUUUAAUAUCAUUUCAAUUGUUCUAAUGAAUUCUAAAUAAAUAAUACUUUA